GCCAAAUCCGCUUUAUCAGGUCGAGAAUUGUUUCUCAUCCACCGAUCCACGCGUGCUGCCGAGCCGGGGUCUGCUCAGCCUGUAAGCGUCAGCGUGUUCCAGUUCCAGCUUCUAUUUUUGCUCCAAACAAGUCGUGCUCCACUAGGGAUCCUAUCCAGAUUCGUGGGGACACCCCCGUCCAGUUCCAGCCUUCCAACUUCCAACCCUCUCCUCUCCGCAGGCUGUAGCAUUUGUCGGGUUGGAUUGGGUUGUUCCGCUUGGGUAGCCUGGUGGGAUCGAAAUCUGUGUGGGAUCCAUGGCGGCGGUCGAGGGGACGACGAAGAAGAAGGUAAUCAUCGACACCGACCCCGGAAUUGACGACGCGAUGGCCAUCUUCGUGGCACUGCGGUCGCCGGAGCUGGAGGUGCUGGGCCUCACCACUACCUUCGGCAACGUCCACACCGCCCUCGCCACGCGCAAUGCGCUCCACCUGUUGGAGGCUGUUGGAAGGACUGACAUCCCCGUCGCAGAGGGAUCCCAUGUAACAAUCAAGAAAGCCACCAAGCUGAGGAUCGCAAGCUUUGUCCACGGUUCUGACGGCCUGGGAAACCAGGAUUUCCCUCCACCGGCUACCAAGCCUAUAGAUCAGUCGGCUGCUGCCUUCCUAGUUGAGCAAGCAAAUCUGUACCCUGGACAAGUUACCAUUGUCGCCCUCGGUCCACUAACCAACCUUGCUCUGGCAGUGGAGCUUGACCCUUCGUUCCCGAAGAAGAUAGGGCAGAUUAUUAUUCUUGGAGGUGCAUAUUCAGUUAAUGGAAAUGUGAACCCUGCAGCCGAGGCAAAUAUCUUUGGGGAUCCUGAUGCGGCAGAUAUUGUGUUCACCUGCGGUGCUGAUAUUUUGGCCGUGGGACUAAAUGUAACCCACCAAGUAGUUCUAACCGAUGCUGACAGGGAGAAGCUUGAACAGUGUGAUAGCAAAUAUGCCCGCUACUUAUGCAAGAUAAUGGGCAUUUAUUUUGAUUACCACAAGGAUGCCUACUUCAUUAAAGGAGUGUAUCUUCAUGAUCCAACAACGGUUAUUGCUGCUGUGAAUCCAUCGCUGCUGACUUACACAGAAGGUGUUGUGAGGGUACAGACGGUUGGAAUCACAAAGGGCCUUACUGUUUUUGAUAACACCAAGAAAAGGUUAGGCAACUCUCUUCGUCCCUCAGAAAACCAAGUCGCUGAAACAGUAGCAGUGUAUUUUGAAAUAAUGUACGGAGAGAUCACAGCCUGGAGUGGCAUGCCCACCGUGAAGGUUGCUGUCACCGUCGAUGCCCCUGCCGUGGUAGAGCUGAUGAUGCAGAGGUUGAUGACUGAUGACUAGCAGCAAUACCAGUUAAUUGGCAGCGCCACCAUUAAGACAAUUUCCAGUUCUUAAGGGAGAAACAAAUGUUGGAACAUGGAAGUGCAUUUGUUGUUCACCAGAAAUUUGGUCGUCUUGUCAUCAAAACACCAGAAUUGCAUUAUUGCACGCUAGAUACUCAUUUCUUUGGUUGUUAUGUGCGUGCUUGGUGUUUAUGUACAGUUUUAUGUGCUUGAUAAUGGGCACAUGACCAGUUCGACAAUGUCAUACAGUUAUACUAUACUAGUACAUUGCUUAUGCUUGUGAGAGAACAGAAUUAAGUUAAAUGAAGAGCCACCUGAUGCCAGAAAUUGGUCCGCCAGUUGUUGCACGAUGUUAUUAUAUGGCCGGAAAAUACAGGGUCCUAGUAAAUGUAACUUUA